AGCACAGGAGAGCAAGAAAAAGAAGCUAGAGCCGAGAGAAAGAGAGAGUCGCAGGAGGAAGAGGGAGAAUGCACGGUGUCUGGGUAACACUUCCACGCUUGUAUCCAGGGCCUUUGUGAAUACACCAUGGGAUGCAUCGGCUCCAGGAGACUGACGGGAGAUGGCGUCCCAGUCCAGAAGGAUGGGGAGCAGCAUGGACGUUCAGAAUUUUCAUGGGAAGGAAUCAAUCUGUCUAUGGAAGACACCACGUCAAUCCUGCCUCGGCUCAAGAGGAACUCAAACGCCUAUGGCAUCGGCGCUUUGGCUAAGUCUUCUCUGUCAGGUGUGUCAGGUGUUAGUCGCACGAUGAAGGAGAGAGUCACCAAGCCUACAGCCAUGGCCCAGGGUCGCGUCGCUCACAUGAUUGAAUGGCAAAACUGGGGCAUGCAGACGGUGGGCGCAGGGGGCAUCCCCCAGGCCCGCAUCAGCACCCAGGAGCGGGAGAAGGAGCGGCGGUUAGAGAAAGAUGCCUACAGUGACCUCAGCGACGGAGAGAAGGAGGCUCGUUUCACUGCAGGUAUCCUGCAGCAGUUUGCGAUCUCGGAGGCCACGCUCCUAGCCUGGUCGUCGAUGGAUGGAGAGAGCCCGCGGUCGGGGUCGAACCAGGGCAGUGUGGCUCAUCUUAGCGAGGUCAACCAGGAGAGCAUCACCAGUCGAGAUCAGAUACUGCACCACUCCUCAGCAGAGGUGUGGCCUCACACAUACGUCUCCCAGGGCCACUACUGCCUCUCCUCCUCUGAUGCCUGGGAGCCAAUCAACAACGAUCCCUCCAACGUGGCCUCUCCCCCUGCCGGCACCUACGUCAUGGGGACCGAAGGGUACGACGGGCAGGCAGCGGCUCACUUCCUGUCGCAGCAACAGCAACAGCAGUUCGCUCUCCAGCAGCAGAGUCAACUACAACAGCUGCAGCAGAUCCAGCAGAUCCAGCACUACCAGCAACAGCAGCUCCUGCAGUAUCAGCAACAACAGUCGCUGGAGCACAGGCUGCACAGUGCCAACCACUCUUUGCAAGCCACGCCCAACAGCACCAUCCACAGUCUGGUCCAUCCCGCUCACCCACCAUUGGUUGAUCUGUGGAACACGGGGCAGAUGGAGGCCUAUCAGACGGACGCUGGAGGCUACAUGGGUGUGGCAGCGGUGGUGGAACCGAGCCUCUGUGUUCCCACUGGAGAGGAGAUGGUGGGAACAGAACACUCCCCGCUACUGGAGCAGCAGGAGGAGGAGGAGGAGGUCAAGGAGGAAGAUGUGGCACUGUGCAUGGAGCCAGAGUUGGCCUCGUUGACUCCGCCCACGCAACAAGGGGAUGCCUCUGGUGGCAGUAGUCCGGGGCAACCGCCGGCAGAGCCAAUCACAGAGCGGAAGUCCUCCGAUGUCACCUCCAGCCUCGUUCAGACGCUAGAGGGGAAUGAAGAGGAGGAGGGGCAGGGGCCAGCUGCUUCCAUGGCAACCAACUGAGUACCUGGCUGUCAAGAGACACCCUAUUACAAACUGACCGGGAAGUCAGCGAGGAAUGAGCGUAAUAAUACAGUAUAUAUCUAUUAAUCUGUUCCUUUUCAGGUAUCAAAAAACUUUUUGGUUGCGAGCAAAUUCAAAAAUGGUGAGAAACAGAUCUGGAGGUGGACUCACAACGAGACAGGAGCUGAUGCAACAAAGGACACCUAUUUCUUUGUAAGCCUUACAUCCCAAAGGUAACUGAAGAGAGGAGUGAGGACGGAGACACUGAAGAGGAGGAGGAGGAGGAUGAGAAGGAGGAGGAGCACCAACUGGCUGAGACAUUUCCAUCAGGAAAACGAAACCACGCAAAGAGGAAGAGGAAGGGGAAAGUAAACAUGCAUGCUUUUUAUGGAGACAAGCAACUCGACCAUGUCAUCGUCUCAUAAUAAUAAUGAAUCAUAAUAAAAACAUUACAAUAAGAGUAAUUUUGUAAUAAAGUAAAAAAAAAAAAAAAAAAGAACAAAUCUAUGUAUAAGUGUAUGAUAUACGUUUUCCUGUGGGAGAACUACUCUGUUUACAGCUGUUACUCGACAUAUUAGAUAGUGUUUAAUCAAAUUAAUUUUCCUUUUGCAUCGAACACAUACACUUUAAAAACGGCAACUCAAAAAAUAUGUCAUGUGUAAUUACAGAAGUCGGAGAAAAAUGUCAGCAUUUCAGUGAAAUGCAGAUUGACCCUCUAAAAUAAUCUAUGACGUUGUGGCACCAGGAUGCCCGAGGCACAACCCAGGGACAGGCGUGUCCUGCUGACUGCACACACUAAACUGCACAGAUAAGGAUUGUACUGUAAGAUAGUGUGCUUCCUACUCUGUCUCUCUGUAUGCAUGUUUCUUCAGAGCACUAUGGAGUACCUGUACUAUACAGCACUGUAUAGACUUUGCACUGAACCAUAGUAUCCCAGGUGGGGCCACAGUGGGCCCGGGCAAUGAGUUUCAUGGCGGAGAAAUAAAGACAGAGCUGCAUGAGCGAAUCUCUUUUGCACUGAUGCAAUCCAACAGAUCAGAGGUUGCCUUUGGACUGUUGACGUUCACCCAGUUCCCACUCUGAAAGCUUUCCACCGACAACCAAAACCGAGCCACUUAACAACACAGACCCUCAGCUGCUUUUUUUGUUUCUCUCUCUCUCUCUCCGUAGAGGUAGUCGCGUUAAAUCGAGGAUGAUAACCACUAUUUGAAUGUACUGGAAGACAGAUGGCAGUACAUGAGCGCUUGCUUUUUGAUGUCUCCUCGCAGUCCGCAUGGGAGAGAGUCUUUCCUAGGAAACAAAGAUAAACGAGCGAGUCUUUCAAACGUGUGGGAGGGAGCUGUUGAAAAAGGAUUCACUGCUGGCUCCACCACACACACAAACACACACAUACACACACACACACACACACACACACAGAAAACACACAGAUAUCUAAAUUGUAACCAGCAAUAGGCAGACGACACACUGGUUUCCCAACAGACCAGUGUCAGCUCUGUCGUAUAACUGUAAAUAGUCUGAGUAUAUAGAAAUCGCCUCUCACUCACAGUCACAACUGUUCUAGUACAGUAUGAUUUCUUUAUUUUUUUACACCUCUCAGUCCCGCUUUAUUUUGGGAUUGCUCUCAAGCUUACAAUUUUUUUUUUUUUUUAACCGUUACACGAGGACAAAUGAAACGGAGGAAUGUUUGUGUUGUAAAUAAAGCCAACUGGAGAGUGUUUUUAUCUGGCGGAGGAAGACGGACAGGCGUAGGUCCAAGUUCACGGCGGGGGAAUUACAACCCGUGUGCUGCUCAAUCAGCCAAUCAGGGAAUAGAACAGAGGAGCGAACACUAGAGCCGAAGAGAUCGGUGUCUUCCUGCUCAUCGUGAUUACUGUGAAGCAGCUGCCUGGGGUGUGAUAGUGAUUCUAAUGAUGUUUGAGGAAGCAUUUGGUUUUUCUUUUUUCUUUCGCCUGAGGAAGAAUGGGUGUUUUUUUUUUGUUGUUGUUGUUGUUUUUUCCAGCGAGGAGUUAAACAGACAGUGAAGACUUUCUGUGCAUGACGAACUUCACCACACACAGCCACUGUUUUCAUCUUUUUCUUUUUCUCUCUGCUGGGGAGCACCUUCUCCUCUCACUUUGAUGAUUGUGUGAGAAACUUUUAAGAUAAACAACUAAAAAAAUAAUUGACUUGAAUGAAUUUAUUUAUUUAUUGCUUCUUUAUGCAAUGUUGGGGGACAAUGUUUAUUUUUCUACUGACUUGUUGAAAUCCCUUCCAGUAUAAGUUAGAAUAGAUGUCACGGUUGUAAAGCUGUCUUGUUUCGGUCUGGUUUUGAGCACUUUACACCAUGAAAAACACACCUUGUCAAGAGAUUAGAGAUGGAUAGUUUGGCAGCUCUCGAUUAUAACGAACCUAUCAUCGCUUUAUUUCACUGCAAGAUUCCCUGUUCAGUGACUCGUGAAAACAAGAGGGCUCAAAACUGCAAACAGAAUGUCUUUACACAGUGGCACAUAUUCAUUUAUUUAUUGAACAAUUACUCGGUGGGGAGGAAUAAUGUGACAGCUUGUACAGAGUCUAUAAUUUCAUGUAGGUACCGACCCUUCUGGGAGCAGUAUCUUUUUCUUUAUGAGUCAGUUUUAAAGACGUCAUGUGGUGGAAAGACUUGCUUUGUAUUUGUUGAGGCUAAUUCAGGGCUGGAAAGAGAUAUUAUAAGGAAACAUGCAUGAUGAAAAGACACUGCUUCAAUUUGGGUUCUUUUAUUGCUUUUUGUUUCUUUCUUUUUUUUUUUUAUUCAUCAGAACCUAAAUGAAUGAAUAAACUUAAUAACAAGAAGCCAAAUAUAUUUCUGUGGAUGUUAAGGUUUACUGAUCACAUCUUUGUUAACUGACUGGUUUGCAACAGAGUUGUUCCGAUACUGAUGCCAGUGUCCGAAAUACCUCCAAUACUGCCUACAGUGCUGGGUCAGCUAUUGGCGAGUACACAAUCUGAUACCGUAAGUUAUUAGUAAACUCAAAAGAAGUUUCACACCUGGUCAAAGAACUAUUGGCGAAAAAAAGCAGAUUGUUGUGUCUUGGCCAGAAAGUUGCACAUGAACACAUCGCAAACACUACAGCCAAGAGCCAACUGGCACGUACGCCUGCAUUACAAGAAAUACCUCCCCAAACCACCAGGUGGCGAACGUCUGUAUUCGUCAUUCAAAUAUGACAACCAGAAAUACCGACAAGACGGAUUCAAGAAGCUAGUUAGCACAUUAACACAGCCUGAUGUCGAAAGAACAAAUAAUUAAUAAAGUUAAUUUGUUAACUUACGUUCGGGAGCAGGGCCACGUCUCAACCACGUCUCUAUUUACCUGACAACCCUUCUUAUACCUGGUCAACCCAUCCUGCUCUGUUGGUCUCAGAUAUUCGACCCACCCUCCCUUCAUCCAUCAUCCUCCCUACCUCAUCUCUACCAACAUUCCUUCAUCCUCUCUUUCCUUGUCCCCUCACCUCUUCUUAUUCAAUCUGGUGCAUACCUCUCCCAUGUCUCAUUCUAGGUACUGUCCAGGGGGCCUGUAAUCAGCUCCGGUGGAGAAAUACAAGUCUCCCUCUGCCUGGUCUCCAGUACAUCCUCCCAGAUCAAUCUAACAGAAGACAUUCCUCUUCCACCUUCACCCCACACUUACAUCUAUUCACCAGUCCUCACGACAUAUUGUUGUGGCGUGGUCCUUACUCGUGAAUGAACCGUUAUUGCUAAAGACCUUGAUGGCUAAAAAAAAUGUUCUUACCUUAUUUAACACCAUCUUGACUUUAAAUGUUUUUACUGUCUUCACUUUAGUUUCUCUUCUCGUGCACUGAACUGAACUGCCAAUCAGCUCCAAUACGAUUAAACAUGCGGCCACCUGUCAGCUUGGUGUGUCAGGGCAUUAAAACACUAGCCAGCACAACAACUACUGUCUUACAUCGGCAAAGCGGAACUGAUUUCCGGUAAACAGUGUAACGUUUGGCGACCUCUAUGGCGUUCUUUCUCUGUAUGCAUUUGUUCAUGUUUUACAGAGGGUUUAACCUGAGCCAUGACAUUAAAUGAUAGUAAUCAUUUCAUUUUUUUAUGCAAUGGUAUUGGAUUGGUACUCGGUAUUAGCAAGUUUGCAAGUUCAGGAAUCGAAGUCAGUAUUGGGAAGGGAAAAAUGGUAUCGGAACAUCUCUAGUUUGCAACCGAGUUCCUCUUUUUGUAUAAUUCUACUGCCAUCCUCCAGAGUUACAGUAACUUGUCUGCAGGCAUGACGCUCAAAAUCUGCUUCUGGUCCUCUGCCUUUCUCCUCUCUCUUUCUAUCUCUUUGUAUCUGUUAUGUAUAUUUGUGUCUGUCUGUAUGUCUGUCUCUUUGUCUGUCUGUGUACAGUAAGUCGUCUUGUUGGAAGAAUCACUGCCUGGAAAAAAAAAAAAAAAAACAAGUUUUCACAUCAACCAAAGGGGAUUUGAGGCAAUCAGACAUGUAACAUAGAUAUGAUUUGGAAAUGUGUUGCAAUAAUAAUAAUAAAAAAAAAAGUAACCGCUGUAAAAAAUGCUGUUAAAAUUGGAUGGCUUCUGUAAAAGUCUGUAUUAAAUUGGAAUUAUUUGUUUUGAGAUGAGGCAGUGUGACUUGUGAUACCAGUGUACACUCACACCUAUGCAUGCUUGUUGGACGGUUGUCACAGGAUGGUUCUUCCACGUGGUCCCCCCUCUCUCCCCUCUUCUGUCAACAACUCUGUUUCUUCCUGUUUCUCUUCCUUUUUCCUGCACGACAGAACCUCCUACACCCCCUCCAGCUCCUUUACCUGUCUCCUCUUCUUUUCCUCUGGUGGAGAAAGAGCAAAUAAACAAACCAACGAAUGGCA